AUGAGACUCACUCCGCUACUUAUUGAGGACGCCCCGUGCUAUUUGAGUGCGGCAGAUGAGCGCACGCUGGUGUUACGUGGUCUCCAGAUUUCCUUCGUCGAGAGUUUCGCCCAGUCCGACGACGUCAACGAGGCCCUAGACCUCACCGACAACGAUAUCCGUGUACUGACGGUCAACACGCCAAUGAAACGGCUCCAAACGCUGUUAUUGGCUCGCAAUCAGAUUUCCAGCAUCGAUGCCAACAUUGGAGCACUGCUGCCAAACUUGAAAUCCCUCUCGCUUCUCCAUAACAAUCUUUCUGGCCUCCCAGACCUCGUUCCUCUCAGACACUGCACCAAGCUGGACAGUCUGUAUCUCGCCCACAACAAAGUUACCGCGCUGCCGUACUACAAGGAGUUUGUCAUAUGGCUGCUGCCAUCGGUCACCAUCCUCGACUUUGACGCCAUCAAACCAAAACAUAGACAGACCUCCAAAGAGCUGCUGGGGACUUUUGCAGAGCCGACUCCGUUGGCUACACAGCUUCUCAACAACGUCAAACUUGAGCCUUUGCAACAGCCAGUAGUGGUGGAGUCCGCACAGCAGGUUAGGCUGACCGACGCAGAAAAGGAAGCCCUGAAAAAAGACCUGCUCAACGCAUCAAGUCUCGAGGAAAUCGAACGCAUCGAACUCGCUCUUCAGCGGGGCUACAUAGAAUAG